AUGCGAUUCAAAACUUCCGUACGGAAUAUCCAGACCUUCACGAAGCUCACGGCUUCGCUGUCGUCCCUAGGAAAGGUCGCAUGGGUACGCCUCGACAAUGAUGCCGUGCGCUUCACCAUCAUCCCGGAAACGGGCACGCAAGUGUGGGCGUCGCUCUCAAUUGAAUCUAUCUUUGAAGACUACACCAUUCAAUCCGCAGCCCCGAACAACACCAUCAACCUCGAAUUACCCCUCACGCCCCUCCAUCGCGCCCUGAAGUCCGCAAUCAACGCGACUUCUGCCUCGAUACGACUCACCAAGAAAGAGGGCGUACCCGUGCUAUCCCUCACCAUCAUCACGAACACGAUCAGCAGCGGGCACAGCGGCCACGGCUUCUUGAAUGGCUCUGAUGACCCAUUUGGCGACAAUGCGUUCCGGGAAGAGAGUCUCGACGCGAACCUGGGAAGAGAUAGGGAGACGAUUGUCACGCAGGAUAUUCCGAUCCGGGUCCUGACGGCGGACAGCGUGGAGGGUAUACAUGAGCCGCGGGUUCGGGAGUCCGAUGCGCACAUCAUCCUGCCCUCUCUGAUCCAGCUGAAGGCGAUCUCAGACCGGUUCACCAAGCUGGCCAUGGCGACGGCGAAUGGCACGAGGGCUUCGAGCGCGGCGCCCAAGCUGGAACUCGCGGCCAACAUGCAUGGGAGUCUGAAGCUGAGUAUUGCUACGGAUGCUUUGAACAUCUCGAGCGUAUGGACCGGUUUGAACAACCCCGAGCUGGACCCGAGGCAGGUCGAGGACGGCGCAAGCCUGGAGGAUCAUCCUAGCAUGAAGUUGAAGGCUGCCGGCCCGGACGCUUGGUCUACGGUCAGAAUUGAUGGGAGGGAUUGGGGGAAAGUACUGAGUGUGGGACGGCUGGGGGGGCGGGUCAUUGCGUGUUUCUCUGACGAGCAUGCCUUGAUUCUCUACGUAUACCUUUCAAACUAUGAUAGCGGAGCUGACGAGUCGGUUUUGACUUACUACAUCUCCUCUUUCAGUAUCUGA